AUGACUGCCGUUGCGCUCCCCGACGCGUCCCACGUUGUCAUCACGACGUGUGAGGGCAUGGACCUCAACAUUGUGACGCGCGACGAUGGCGUCGUGCUCCCGCGCGUGGAGAUUGAGAUCGAGGGCGACUCGGACGACGAGGACGGCGAUGAGGACGGCGAGGGGCUCUCUCCCGAGCAGGUCGCUGCCGUCGAGGCUCAGCUCGGCGCGCUCGUCGAGGACGUCAAGUCCAAAGCCAAGGUCGGCGGCGAUGUCGAGGACGCCGAGGGCGAGGGCGAGUGGGUCGAUGAGGACGACGAGGACGACGAUGGACCGCCCCCGCCGCCCCGUCUCGAGUCGGAGAUUGACCCCGAGCAGGCCCCCGCCCUCUACGCCGCGACCAAGGUCAUUGACCUCGAGGACCUCGCGUUCCCCAACGCGCUGCUCGGCGUCGCGCAGCUCGUCGACAAUGUCGAGACCCUCCGCAUCAAGGCCGUUCCCUCGAGCGGCUUCCUUGGCGAGUGGCCCAUCAGCUUUAAGAACGUCAUUGUCUGGCAAAACGAGAUGAACUACGAGUACGGACCGUUUGUCGAUGACGACUCGGACUAUGAGACCGAGGAGGAGGACGAGGAGGAGGAGGACGAGGACGAGACCAAGACUGAGGACGCCGAGGCCUCUAAGACUGCAGCCAAGGACGCCGACGACGAGAACGACCCAGACUACACGCCUGGGGAGGACGACGAUGAGAGCGACGAGGAGGAGGAGACCAUUCUCUGCACGUCGCGUUUCGUCCUCAACAUUACGCCUUCGCACCCCACUACCCCCCGCGUGACCAAGGCGCUCGAGGACCUGCUUAACACGCUCAACGCCCCUCUUGACGAGAUCACGGUCAUCUUCAAUGUUGACAAGGAGUACAAGCAGCCCAAGGACUACGAGCCGUCCGAGGAUGACGAGGAGGAGCCCCCGCUUCUCGGCUUCCUCCUCACGCUUCUCACCAUGUGCGGCUCGGACGACACCAAGAUCAACAUGGUCGACUUUGACCACACUGGCGUCGAGUGGCUCUCGGGGGCCGCCACCACGCCCAAGGGCCUCGAUGCAACCGGCAUCGUGCCGCCCGCGGUCGUCCGCCAAGUCUUUGAGGAGUUUAUCAACGGCGGCAUGGCCGAGGUUCGCGACGCUGUCCAGGAGGACGGGCUCGGCGAUGUGGGCACCAAGCGCACCAUCACGUACGUGUCGCGCGACGAGUACAAGGCUGCCGUUGGCGACGCCCAGUUCAAGCUCGACACUCAGUGGGAAAAGGUCACUGGUAAUGAUGAAUACUCAUGGCAUGAUGCGGAGUUUGUGGGCAUGUCGUUGAACUGA